AUGAGUCUUCGAAGAUCAGCACGCAUUGCCACUUUAACUGAUAAGAACAAACAAAAUGAAAGUGUUGAGCAACCUACUGUGACUCCUAAAAGAAAAGUCAGAUCGAAAAAAGGUGUCGAAGACGCUAUUAUGACGCCUGCAAGAAUUCCAACUGAGGAUAUCAGUCGUUCUUCAAAAACUGUUGUUUAUGAAGGGGAAACAGAUGUUAUUGAUGUACUUGUAACGCCUGUUGAAACAUCUAUUAAUAAAGGAAAAUCAAGGGAGAGCAUUUUACCUUUAAUUGAUGUUUCUAUCAAUAAGGGAAAAUCAAAGGAGAUUUUCCAACAUUCCGACGGGUCCAAAAGCGUUCUUGAGCCUAUUGAUUUUUCUUGGUUACAAAAAAGGAAAUUCGGUCAAAGCCAUGAUAAUGAUAAUGAUUCCUAUAAUAAUGGAACUUCACUGCAAUUAAAUAAUGUGAAUGAAGAAGACGAUGAUAGUGAUGAUUGGGAAGAAGUAGACCUUUCUGAAUAUCAAGAUCAAUCUGACAAUGUAUCAGAAUCUAGACCAUUCCCGAAUAAAACGAUUCAGCUGACCUUUAAGAUGCCUAAGAUACAAUACAAAGCUCGAGGUAUCACUAAAAUAGAGCGAGCUAUUCGACAAAAUAUUCACAAAGCCCACUUGCUUACCCUACUAGCCCAUGGUAUAAUUAGGAACGAUUGGUGUAAUGAUGAAAUGACACAGGCAAUGGCGUUUUCUUUAAUCGAGUAUGAAUUACAAGCCUUAUUUGACAAAGCUUUGGUAAAGAUUGAUGUUAAACACGCCAAUUUAUUGACUAUAGCAUUACAAGAUUUAAGUAAAUGGUGGAAAGAUUAUUUUAUAAUCACAAAACCUGGAAUUCGUAAUAGGGAAUAUCAUGAAUUUGGAGAGGAAGGAGUGGAAAAGUUCUUUGAGAAUGAUGAAUUUUCUGAUUGUUUACCAUCUAUUGACGAAUUUCGAAGUAGUCUUAGGGUAGGAGAAGGAAGCCGUGACACAUCUGCGCAAUUAUUUGUUGUCGCAUUACGUUCACUAGGAAUACCUGCACGAUUAGUAUGUUCUUUACAAGCGGUUUCUUUUAGAUUUGCUCAUAAAAACAAGGUUGCUGCUUCUCGAAACAGGAAAGAAGAUAACGAUUCAAAUAAUGAAAUUUCGAUGAAUAAUAAUACCAAUGAAGAAGUUCAGAGAACACUUGGACUUGGAAAAUAUAAACUCAAUGCAAACAGAAAGAACAGUAAUGGUAGUAAAUCAAAGAGAGACUAUGUCGAUAAUGGUUACGAUGAUUAUAAUCUUUUAUCAAAUAAAGAUACCCGUGUUGGUCACUCGAAAAAGCAACGUAGUAUUUCAAAAAAAGGACGUAAACAAGAUGGCAAUUUACAAAAAUCCGAUAUACCUCCAAUAUUCUGGUGUGAGGUUUAUUUUGCAGCUUAUAAAAAAUGGAUUUGUGUAGAUCCAGUUCGUGCAUUAGUGAACUCACCACAAGCAAUGGAGCCUGCGUCUAAUGUCACAGAUAAUAUUAUGGCUUAUGUAGUUGCAUAUGAACAAGACGUGACGCGUCGUUAUGCUACACAAUGGGGAGCGCGAACACGAAAAUUACGAGUGCCUGUCACCAAAGAUGGUUAUGAUUGGUGGCAUGAGACAUUAGUUUAUUUUGCACGUCCAUAUGAAAGUAAACAAGACAAUGAGGAAGAUGCUCAUUUACAUAAACUUGAAGUUUCCGAACGUAUGCCAACUUCAAUUGGUGCAUUCAAUAACCAUCCUUUGUAUGCUCUCGAGCGUCAUUUAAAAAAGUUCGAAAUAAUUUAUCCAAGACAACCAAUAAUAGGGCGCAUUCGUGAUGAACCAAUUUAUCCACGUAGGAAUGUUAAACAAUUACAUACAGCUGAAACUUGGUUAAGGGAAGGUCGACAAGUCAAGAUUGGGGAACAACCUGUAAAACACGUAAAAUCGCGUAUUUACACCUUAUCAAAACGUCGUGCUGCAAAUAUGGCUUCCUUAUAUGAUGAAGAACCCCCUGAGUCUGGUUUAUACGGUGAGUGGCAAACUGAAGAAUAUAUACCUGAGCCGAUAAUGAAUGGUAAGAUACCAAAGAAUUCUUAUGGUAAUGUGAAUAUGUUUAAGGAAAGCAUGUGUCCAAUUGGAGGUGUCCAUAUUCCAAUCAAUGGAAUUGGAAAGGUUGCAAAGAAAUUAGGUAUUGCCUAUGGAGAUGCUGUGGUUGGAUUUGAUUUCCAAGCUCGUCGAUGCAUCCCCGUAGUCCAUGGAAUCGUCGUUGCAAAGGAAAGUGAAACUAUGUUACUUGAGGCAUGGCAUGAACAUGCAAGUAUUGUUGAAGCCAAGAAUAAUGCAAAGCGGGAAAAAGAAGUUCUAGCAAGAUGGAGAAAAUUUAUUAUUGGAGUACAAAUUCGAAUGAGAUUACACAAUGAUUAUGUAAAAUUCGAUUUGUCUGAUAUGGAGGAAGAAGAAAGUGAAUUUCAUCAUGGUGAAUCAGAAGGAGAAAGUGAAUUGUAUCAUGGUGACACCGAUGAAGAAGACAAUAAUAAUUCAAUUGGUGUCGAUAACAAGGGUGAGACAAAUGAAAGUAUCGUAGACAAGGUCGUCAUUAAUAAUAACAAUGACUUUUCGGAUUAUAUGGAUAUUGAAAGUGAUAUAUAUGAAGGUAAGGAUGAUGUGAAUACUGAAUAUGACUUCAUGAAUGAAGAGAACGAAGAAGUAUAUAGAGAAGGGGGAUUUAUAAACGAAGACAAUGAUACAUAUGAAGUUUUCUUGCUAGAAUAA